AUGGAGCAUCCUGCCCCUGCGUCCGUCACCGUCGCAAACUACCAGCACACGCAGGAUGGCAUCUUCGGCGGGCCUGUCCAUCUCGCGCGCGGUCGCCAGGCACGCGAUCCUCAGGCGAAGACGGUCACUUACACGGUCGCCUCGCUCGACGCCUUCGAGACGUCGCUGCACGAGUACCUCAACAACCCGCCCGACAACCCCGACCACACCGACUGCCAGCUCUCCUUCUGGCUAGGCACCAGCUUCCUCGUUGCCGCGUCCUUGGACGCGCCUGCCUCUUCCUCUGCACCGCAGCCCCGCUUCGCUCCGCACGACGCGUCCCACGCCUACAGCAACAACCACAACAACGCAAAUGGCAUCCAUGCGCAGCAGUAUGGGACGACGUACCAGAGCGUGGCCGACCCGGCCGUGGCCCUCGCGCUCGACUUCCAGCAGUCGCAAGCCAGCCCCGCGACCGCCAACGGCGAGGGCCCCAGCAACAGUACCACGAGUGGCAAGAAGGCGGAGCCCAAGGUCGCGUUGAGCGUUCUCGAGGCCCUGCAGCCGACGCCAGACCCCAAGGAGAAGAUGCGGAAGCAGCGCGCCAUCGCAAAGUGCUGCGUCGACGCCAUCCAGAAGUGUGAUGGCUACCGCUACAGCUUCCACAACUGCUGGAACAGCCGCGAGGACGACAGCUUCCGCUUCUCCUACUACUGCAACGACUCGCUGCUGAACAAGGACCGCGCCGCCAACGGCAAGGGCGCAAAACUCGGCAAGCGCGCCACCAAGCCUGUUUAUGACUGCAAAGGCGUGCUGUCCAUCAAGUUCUCCGCCACCAAGCAAAGUCUAGACGUCUUCUACAAGCACGUCCCCGUCCACAAGACGUACGAAGAGCGGGCCCCUCCGCCACGGAAGGAUUCCAGGAGGCGCAAGUUUCUCGAGGAGAAUGAUCCGGAGACUUUGAAGAAGUUACAGAGCCGACCGAAGCAGCACCGGCCAGAUCUUCCUCUGGAAAGCGCACAAAAGGCGAAGAAAAAGAGGAAGAAUGAUGACCCAAAGUCGUCUACAUCACUUGAGAGUGAUCUGCGUGCACAGAGUCUCCGCUCGCUCCUUGAGCUUAUUCGCCCUGAUCCCGCUCCUGAUCAUUUACCACCAGCACCUCCUCCGCCGCCUCCGCCUGUUGUUCAGCAACAACGCCCUGUUCCACCCCCGCCGCCCCCGCAGCCUAUUCAGCAACAGCCCCAAGUCCAGCAGCAGCCACAGCCCGCCACGCGAAAGAGGCCGAGGAACAGCUGCGAUGUAUGCAAGGCUAAGAAGACAAAGUGCGACGGGACACGACCAGUCUGUCAAACCUGCAUCGACAAAAAGCGGCAAUGCUUCUACUCUGCCGAUCAGCUGGUUGAUGAACGGCGUCCCUCUGUCAUGCCUGACCCACCAGAGACCACACGGCAAGCCCAAGCACCCACCAGGAAGCUCUCCGAGCUCGAGCGUAUGAGGAAGGAGCUGGAAGACGCGAAAGCCCGCAUCCAAGAGCUCGAAGAAGAAAAGCGUCGCCCAUCCACAACACCUGCCCAAACACCACAAACGGCGCAAACCGCCCAACUUCCCCGCCCGCAACUUCAGCAUAAGCCUCAGUCCUCUGAAACGCCGCCACAGACACAGUCGCACCCGCAACAGCGCGACCAGAAGCAGCAGCAACGCCAGCACAGCCGAAGCCACUCCCUCCACCAACAUCAACCACCUGCGCAACAACAGUACCAACACCAAAUUACCACCCCACAAAACGUACCCUCCCCCCAGCAAGCCAUGCAACAACUCCAGACCGCCGCCCAGCAACUGCAAACCCCACAACACCAGUAUGCCCCCUUCCCGAGCCACUACGGCAUGACAGCGCAGCAGAACAUGCCACGCAACGCGGCGCACGCCUCGCAGUCGCCAAACGUGCAGCAGACCGUGCAGACCGUGCAGGGCCACCAGAUGGGCGUGAGCGGCAUGGCGCCAACGGCAGAGCAGACGAAUCCGUAUGCGAGGGGCUUCAACCCUGGGGAGUGGACGGGGUAUUACGGGUAUCAGAGCGCGCAGCAGCAGGCGCAGGAGGGCCAGUGGGGUGGCGUGCGGACCGCGGGUGUGUUUCGGCAGGUCUGA